UGUAGAAGGCAAAAUGUGAAGAAAAAAUGUCAAUAUAUUUCACUCGCAACCUUUUGCACCAGGCAGAAGAUGAAAUAGAUUUUUUCUACCUGUUUUCCAGUGGCUUAUAAGAUUGUUUGUAACGUGAUUGACGCCAAUUGAGUCGCUCUAAACAAUAGUGCAAUUGAUUGUUCGGUAGAUAACUUCGUACAAUAGUGUUUUAGUGUGCUACUCUGCUCUAGAUGCAAUCAAAUCUAUAUUCAGAAGAUUCAUUGUUCAGCUAUUGGAAUGAAUUUGACGGAGGGCCAACCAACUAUCCUCUGCCACCACAUCCUCAUCCUCAUCCUCCUCCUCCGCCUAUGAUGGGCCCGCCAUUCGAUAACGGUAUUUACAACUUUGUUCCGCCACCGGCCGGGAUACCAAUGUCCAUGGGACCAAUGAUUUCAGGGCCUUGUCUCCCCAAUCCUAUGAUGGGUCCGAUACAUCGAGGAUAUACCAGAUUUCCACCCCCUUUGGCACCGCUUCAAGUCAUACCACCACCAUCUAUACCACAGCCGCAACUACCGCCUCCUUUAAUACCACCUACUCAUCAUUUCAACUUUCAACCACAACCACCUCAACAACAGUAUCCGGUAGGUGUACCAUCAGUGCCAGUACCAAUAAAUCUGGAUUCAGUCAUUGUACGAGCUCAAGUGAGUGAUGCUGCUCCAGCAGAGGAAGUGGUGGUCAAAAAUGGCCAAGUAUUUCACAUCAGUUUUUUGGACGAUCCUGCAGAGCCUGAACAUCCAACACAUCCUACGCCUUCUAGUGAAGACGCGGAAAAAGAUGAAGAACGAGAUUGGAUCAAUUAUGAUGAAUUGCCAUUGUUGAAAAAUGUCACAGGUGGAGAGGUCGAAAACGGAGUAUUCAAAUGCGGAAUUUGCGCGAAAGAGCUGAAAUCUGCAUUGAAUUUAUACGUUCACGAACAAACGCACAAAACUACCCGGUUAGACUGCAAAAUAUGUGGAAAACGGUUCAAUCGAAUUGGCAAGCUAGAACACCAUACCCGAAAGCACCAUCCAGAAUCAGCAUCCGACGGAGUUGCCUCCCCAAAUAGCUCAUCCAGUACUCCAGUUCUGAACGACUUCAACAACUACUGUGUAGAAUGUGAAGAGUUUUUUACCACAACCGACGAACUGCAAAGUCACAUGGAACUAAAUCACCGUCUUAUUGACGACUCGAAUUUUCCGAAAGGCUUGAAAAAAUCGAUCGGUUGUCCGUACUGUGACGAAACAUUUGAGUGGCCCUGUCUGCUCAAAACUCACAUGACCAAGCACACGGGAGAGAAGCCGUUUAUCUGCGAGCGGUGCAAUGUUUCGUUUCGAUUCGUUCAAAGCUUCUAUCGGCACAAUCGGCGAGUUCAUGGACGGGAGAAAUAGGUUGUGCUCAUACAGGAGACACUGUUAGAAUAAG